GCUCUGCUCACGAGGCUGCAGUUCUAUUUGGGAAGUUGGCAGCUCGAGGCAGAGGGGCUUUACUCUCGCGACUCUGGAAUUAUGAACAGAGCUGGUCCCACCAGCACAUCGUUUUGAACCUUUAUUUCCAGAGAUCUGACACCAUGGAGUUCGGAGCACGCAUUUUCAUCGCAUUCCUCGUUUCCCAGGCUGUGUGCAUUGGAGCACAGGAAGAGGAGGACAAGACUGAAUGUGAACCAGGAUUUCAGGAGAAGGAAUAUCAUGCGGAGUACAACGGAGGAUUUCUCAGAGAUGUUCCUCUGCUGCAAGUGUUGUUCGACGACUGUGCGGAAAAUGAAGGUGUGGAGUUUGAAGUGUCAAACCCAGACUUCCUAUUAGAUGAGAACCUGAACCUGGUCCCUAGAAGAGACGUGAUUGACAGCGGAGAUGUCAUGUUCAUCCAUGGUGUCAACAAACACGCUGACGAUAUGGCGCAGGUGACCAUUAGGGGAGCACCACCUAGAUCUCCUCAGACGCUCAGGGAGAUUCUUGGGCUCUCAGACUUGAUGCCGUAUAGGUCAAAGAGAUCCCUGUUGGUUCCACCUAUGUUUGUCCCGGAGAACCAGCGAGCUCCCUUCCCCAGGUCUAUUGGAAAGGUGAUCUCACCUGACAUGAAGGCAGACCACAUCUUUCGUCUGACUGGAAAGGGGGCGGAUCAGGACCCAAAGGGCGUGUUCAGCAUCAACCGACUGACAGGAGAGGUGGCGGUUAGCCGAGCCUUGGACCGAGAGGCCAUCGCGUAUUACCAUCUCCAAGUAUCCACAACUGACCUCAGUGGAAAGUUGGUAGAGGGACCAGUGGACCUGGACGUGUCUGUUAUUGACCAGAAUGACAACAGACCGGUCUUCAAGGAGCCACGUUACUCUGGGGAGGUUCUGGAGGGCUCGCCCACAGGCACUACAGUGAUGACAAUGACGGCCUAUGAUGCUGAUGAUCCCAACACAGACAACGCAGUACUGCGCUACAUCAUCUUGAGACAGUUACCCAACAAACCCUCACCCAAUAUGUUCUACAUUGACCCGGAAAGGGGCGACAUCGUCACUGUGAUCUCACCCAACCUGCUCGACAGAGAGACUCUUCCCACAACACAGUAUGAGCUGGAGAUUGUGGCAAAGGAUAUGGCAGGAAGUGAGGUGGGACUGACAGGAACUACAACAGCUACAAUCACCAUCACAGACAGGAACGACCACGCACCCGAGUUUACUCACUCACUGUUUCAGGCCACAGUGAAUGAGGGCUCCACUGGGGUGGUGGUGAACCUGACGGUGGACGACAGAGACGACCCGGCCACGGGAGCUUGGAGAGCCAUAUACUCUAUUAUCAAUGGAGAUCCCAACCAGAACUUUGAGAUCCAGACAAACCUGGACAACAAUGAGGGCAUGUUAUCUGUUAUAAAGCCUCUGGAUUAUGAGAGUUCUAUGUUUCACACGUUGUUGAUAAAAGUGGAAAACGAAGACCCACUGGUUCCAGAUGUUGUGUAUGGGCCCAGCUCUACUGCAACAGUCUACAUCACAGUUCUGGAUGUGAACGAAGGACCCGUGUUCUUUCCAGACCCCCUGGUGGUCAUCAGGAGAGAAAAUAUUCCCGUGGGCAGCUUCGUGGCCAUGUUGAACGCCACUGACCCCGACUACCUCCAAACCCAGAGCAUAAGGUUUGCCGUGUUGAGAGACCCGGCUGAUUGGCUGAGCGUGAACCUAUUCAAAGGCAACGUCACCACCAAGGCCAUACUGGACCGUGAGUCUCCACAUGUUCACCACAACCAGUACACAGCUCUCUUCAUUGCCACAGAUAACGGCAGUCCACCCGCCACGGGCACAGGUACGCUGAUAAUAACGCUGGAGGAUGAGAAUGACAACGCGCCCUACAUCUUCCCUUCUGUGGUCCGCGUGUGCGAGGACGCUAAAGACAUGAACGUGGUCGUGAUCGGGGGACGAGACAAGGACAUUUAUCCUAAUACGGACCCUUUCAAGAUCGAGCUUGGCAAACAGCCAGGCCUGGAGAAAACAUGGAAGAUAUCCAGGAUCAAUGGUACCCACUCGCAGAUCAUGUUGCUGCACAGUCUUAAAAAGGCCAACUACAACCUGCCUCUGGUUCUGACCGACUCUGGCAUCCCUCCCAUAUCCAACAACACAGAUCUCAAAGUUCAGGUGUGCACCUGUAAGAAAAACAGAAUGGACUGCAGCGGCGCCGGCUCGGUCCAAACAAACCUCGUGCUGCUGCUCGGCCUGGUUCUGCUCUCCUUCCUCUGCUUGUAAUUUCUGCUGAUUCUUACUGUAGUCCUUUUGCAACACUGAAGAAACCAUUCUUCUCUUCUCCACACACAGACCAGGCUGAGGAGAGAGAAGACAUCUCCUGAAAGACACCUUGCACCCUUGACUUCUCAUGUCAGCUGUCCCCUGGCCUUUGUUUCUCUGUUCCCAACCGCUCCCUCCACCCUUUCACCAGGAUCACUUCAUCUGUCUCUUCCUCCCCACUCUCCCUGCACUUCCUGUCCUCUCACACAGUUCCUCUGGAAAACAUCACGGAUGCGACCACCCGAUGAACUCUCUCACUGAAACAAGGAUGUAUUGGAUGGGGCCAAAGCGAUUGGACAUUUUGAUGUACUUUAGUUUCCUCUGGUUAAAGACUACUGUAUUUGAUCUUGUCUACUAAUGUAAGGGAAGGACACAAGGCCUCUUUAGUCUGCAGUGGUUGUGUUUUCUUAGGGCAGGGUGGUAGCCAGAAGCCUUCAAAGUCUAAAAAAACGUCUUGCGUCCUUAUUUUUGUUUUCGGUUUGAUUAGUUGUUAUGGAGUGGAACACAAUAUAUCUUUAUAGUAAUGUGUGAAAUAGUGGGAGGGAAAUGUACACUAUAUAUAUUUUAUUUUUUACCAAUGUACAAAUCUAUUAAUUAAAUUAUGUACUGCUUUUUCUUUAAAGACCCCUCACAAAAAAAAGAAAAUAACUGUAUGUUUUUUGCAAAUUUAGGGACUAUUUCUAAUGCCAUUGAUGUUUCUUUUCUUUAUUUACGCUCCAGUUUUGGAAUCUGGAGACCGAGUUGCACACAAAAGUGUUUCGUGAUCCUUGUUUUCGACGGUACGGCGUUUUGUUUUUCUCCUUCCUCUUGGGUCAGUUGAAGUGGCCAAGGACAGCAGUUGAUUUGGUGGUUUCUUUCUUUUUUCUUCUUUUUUUUGCGCUUGUGAGAAGAAAAUAAAAAGAGAGAACGAAAAAGAUAAAUACAGAUAAAAAACAAAAUGUUUGCGUGAAAGACCCCAUAAGUUCUGAAAAUGCAAAGAAAAAAGAUGACGUGGUGAAUGAGUCUGUCUUUUGCACUAAUUUAAUAAAGCUGUUACUGUACUUCCCACUACUUUAACUGGUCAUUUGUUUAAGGUUAUUCUCCGGUCAAAAGACGGAAAAACAGAAAGUAUGACGAGAUAUGAAAUGUUCAUGUUUUUAUGGUUAGAAAUACAGUAAAUACAUCUAAAACACAGAAUGAUAAUUAACUUUUCAGGGCUACAAUUUUUUGUGAUCUUAUACAGCUGAAUAGCUUUGUCCUUGGACUACUGUUUUUGGGUAAAUGACAAAUUUUUUUUUAGAAAAAACUAAUUCAUGAAGAUGAAUCUCUCUAGCUCUCGAGCGUCUGAAACGUCUUUGCGCCUGGAUUCGUUUGGCCAACCAGAAUCAAGAUAACAGCUAACAGCGUUGUCUUUUUUGGUCCUUGGCCCAACCAGAAUCAAGAUAACAGCAUCAUCUUUUUUUUUUUGUCCUUGGGCCAACCAGAAUGAACGUAACAGCAUCGUCUUUUCCAUGGACCAUGACAAUGUUUCGCCAACAACAUGAGGUACAUACUGCAAACUCGCCGCUUUUCGGCGAAAUUCGCCAUUUUGAAUCCCAAUAUGCCAUUCUUGUGAAUCGUAUAGAUCCGAAGAGUUUUUACCCAGAGUGGGUAAAAAUCCUUAGUGAUUUAUAAAAUGUAAUUUGGGUGCCAUGUUAUGAACAUUCAAUGCACAGAUACAGGCAACAUCAUAGCGUGAGCGUCAGGCGCGGACUGGCAGGAAAAGCACGUUCUUAUGGGUCUCGUUCGCGUAUGAGCUUCACCUAGGUCAUGCGUCAUGUGAUUAGCUGCUGCUCCAUAGGUGUCAUGUGGUGCACUUGAAAAACUUGUGCAGGCCAAAAGACUGAAGAAAUACAUUUUGACCAGCAAAUUGUGGCUGGUGUGACAGUUUUUUUAAUUUAAGCAAAUAUUGACUUUUUCCCUUGUCAGACUGUGCCAGAAUGCAUAAUUUAUAUGGUUUGUUCAUUGACAGUGGUGCACAGUAUUUUAUUUCAAUCUUGAUAUCAUUGAGUUCCAGUUUUUUAUAAAAAUACAGCAUGAACCAUUGUCCAAUUUAGUUUCAAUUUUGAUCAUUUUAACA